AUGAAGGGAUUUGCGAGAAGAGGAGCCGAGCUCGAUCGAGCUGAGGAUCGAGCUGAGUCUCAAGCUGAGGAUCAGAUCCAGGAAGUGCGGAUUUGGGUGAGCCUGAGUGCUAUUACUUUGAGGAGUUCAACAAGUGGCAAGGGAAAGCCAUGGAAAGAUGCAAAAGUCCAUGGACAAGAUGGUGAGCAAGAUCAAGAGUUUGGAGAAGAAAGUUUCUGGUUCUUCAAGCAAGAAGAAGUCCAAGGCCCCACUUUCCCUAGGAGUAGAUCACUCCUCACCACUCAAAGGAGGCUCCCUGCCCAAGAGCCUCACAGAGCCUCUUCUUUCGAGCCAAGGGAAGGAGAAGACAACUCCCAGCAGAGAAGGAGGAAGACUCCAAGGCCAGACGCUCCAGCUCGACCACCGGACUCGAUCGAGUCCAAACAGAGGAAACUCAACUCGAUCGAGCUGAGGGUCGAGUUGACCUGGAGGAGCCCCUGUUUGAGAACCCCGGAUUCGAGUACGAUCCACCCGUACCAGGACUUCUCUCAGACCGCUGGACUCCCUACAACCGCUUCGAGCGAGCACAAGCUCCACCAAGGCCAAGGAAGCCACACCCACUUUGAAGAUGAAGAAGAAGAGGAAGAAGAGGAGCCACAAGCUCGAUCGAGUGAGCCGAACCCAGUUGAGUGGAGUGCUCCUGAUGGCCGUCUACCCAUCUCCAGACCACGACCUAGCCUCCCAGUUCUUUGGGGGGCACUGAGGGUGAGAUUGAUUGAGCAGCAAGAACCAUGUUUAUCUUGA